AUGCGCCUGCUUCCCCCUCGACACGAAGGCCUACAUCCGGCACUUGCAACUCCAGAGCCACCAUGGUCGCCGAGUGGCCUCACCUCCAAGACUGGGAGGAGAAUCAUCUACGCGGCACUCCUUGGUCUGCCUUGCAUCUUCGUUGGCGUCAGGCCAGGCGUGAAACCAGUUCCGAACGCGAAACUCGCCAGCAGUGUCUUCGCAUUAACGUUCUUCGGGAACACCGUCAUUGGAGGUCUGGGAGACGCGUGGAAGGCCACGAAAGCCAGGUGCUUCUUGGAAAUGCAGGACAUACCGCGUCGAGAGUUCAAGUGGUUCGACCGCCCUGGAUCCUUCGGUCAAGACGAUGCCAUCCUUUUGGGUGGUGUAGCUGGCGUUCUUGCUGCUAGCCAGUUGCGCAAAGCCUGGAUGAUCACAGGCUGGAGGCGAUGGACGGGUGCGUUCGUGCUAGGGUGUGGAGUAGGGAAUUCUUUAUUCAAGAUGAUUUUCACACGUCACAGAGAGAUGAGGGCAAGAUGGGCUGAGGCGAAAAGACAAGAGUUGCAGUGGACCGAACAACUGGAGCACUCAUGGUUAUGCGGCAAGAGGGGUAAUGGUCUUCGUAUGUGGCAUCUACUGUCCGGCACUAUCAUCUACCAUCGGAGCACAGCAAAUCUCGUCCCACUUACUCCCAACAUGGCUGCAAGCAUAUCUAAGCUCGAACAUCACAUCGCCGAACUGAAAUGGCGUCGGGACGAAGCGGCUCGUGAACUCGAUCGGUCAUGGAGCUCAUUGCUUGACAAAGAAGCCGAGCUUACCGGUGCGGGGAUAUCAGGCAACGCGCCAGAUAUCAAGGCUGUUUCGUCCUUCCUGAUAGCAUCGUACACAGCGCAAAGCGAUCUUGCAGCACGUGUCGGCAGCUAUGGAGCUCUGAUAUCAGAUUCCAGGGAACGCAUGAAGCGGAUACGGUUCGGUGAAACAGUUGCGGACGGCACCCCAGCGACAUGGCUUCCUCCAUCCUCAGCUCCGCUAGAUCUCCUUGGCUCUUACAUGCUACCGGGUGCAGCGGCGAAAUUUGCAGACAUUCGAACUCGCGCUAGAGAGACGGAUGGAAAUGUCCAGUCUGGUAGCCCCAAGGACUUGGUUGGACUUUCAGCUCCUUCGGUGGCUGCUCGACAUGUCUACCAGGUUUCGCCAACUUAG